CGGUAGAAAUGCUACAUCAGAGCUCGCUGAGCUUUCCGAGGAAGUGAUACUCAUAGCCAAGAAGUACAUGGUCUCGACUACUAGCAACUUUGAGCUAUACAAUGCCAAAAAAUCUAGUGAUGUAGAUGAUGGAAGGUUCCAGCUAUUCGUUAGAAACUAUAAAGAUUCAGACAUCAAUGAAAAUUAUAGAAAAAAAAUUCAAAAAUUUGAGGCAAGCUCAAUACCACCGCAUAAGAGUGAGCUUUAUCAACAACUUUUGAGGGCCCACUAUAUUUCUUCUAUUUGGAGAAAUGCUUACAAAAAGCAACUCACAACUUUAGACCCAUUGGAGUAUGGUUGGAUUGAGCAGGACAACAUAUAUGCCUUCAAAGGGUUCGAAGGUGACCAACUUCCAUAUUUUGUGAGUGACUUAAUCACCAAUUAAGUGAUAGUAAGUUGGUAAGUUGAUAACAAUUCUUUCUCGAACAUGUUCAGAUGAAUUUACGUUCAUUUUACAAUUUAUGUUUUAUUUUUGCAGUAUUCGAUUCAAUGGUUGAUGAAGACGAGUCGCCUAACGAUAAAGAUGACUCCGAUGAUGAUGAUGAUGAAUGAAGAUUGAUAUAUAUAAUAUGUAAUGCAUGCAUGAUAUAUUUUUUUAACUGAUUUAACACUUUUAAAUUUUGUCUUGACGAAAUAAAAAUGAGGAAUUGAAUUAUUUUUUGAUCAGCAUUAUACCGUAUUAUUUAUAAUUAUGCCAUAAAAAAUUCACUUCUUAAUUGUCUAAUGAAGUUUAGUAUAUAUAAUAUAAAAAAAUAUUAAUUUCGGUAAAUACAUUGCUAAAGUAAAUCGCAAGUAAAUUAUAUUCCUCUAAAACAGUGAACGGAAAACAUAAUAUACAUCUGGCCGGGUAGUAGCUCAGAUUUUAUUAUAUGUUGAUGUGUGUACGCAAUGUAGAGGUCUGCCGUGAUCAAUAUAAGUUUUUAAGACUAUAAUAAACAGCAUAUAUUAUUAUAUCAAUGGCAGAUCUGGUCAAUUACUUUCAAAAUUUUAUUUUUUUAGCAUUUUCAAAGUGGUCUGCCACAAAGUAAAAUGCGCGAUAAUGGUCUGCCAUUCUUAUUUUCCGAUAAUAAUAAUCAUAUAUUGUAUGUAUAUGUAUAUGUGUAUAAGACUUGUUGCGCGGGUAGUCACAGAAAACACACGAGUUUUUCGUUCACAUUUGUUAAAAUUGAUUUAAAAUAUUAACAAAAGUCUUUUUUGAGAAAUUGACCAUUUAUUGUGAUAAGUACUAGUGUCUGCCUGCUGGGAAGUGUUAUUCUCCUGUUUUAAAUAUUUACUGAUUUCAAGAUGAAUGUACUGCAAAGUAGUUUGUCAGACUUGUCGGAGCACUUUUACAAGAAGAUGGCUGAUUUUGAGGCAAAGCUUCAUCCACAGUCAGUAUCAUCUCCCUCAACAUCUUCUCCGGACCUGGCUGCUGAGUUUGCAGUGUUUCGAGCAUUUAUCACUGAGGCUGUGUCGGGUCUACAAAAACAGAUUGAGGUUCUGUCUCACAAACUUGAUCACAUGGAGAUGCAUGGCCGCAGGAAGAUGUUGCUUUUCCACGGGGUGGUUGAACAGAAACAAGAAAAUACAUUCGAAAUUGUGGCCGACAUAUUGAAAAAACAUUUUUCAUUAAAUACUGUUUCAGUUCACGAUAUUAAAUGGUGUAACAGAAUGAGACAGCCUUCUGCCAGGGAAAGGGCACGACCGAUCUUGGUGAAGUUCCAUGAUUUUAGUUUCCGCAAUAAGAUCUGGUUUAGUAAGUCUCAAUUAAAAAGGACUGGGAUAACGGUUUCCGAAUUUCUUACGAAACAACGGCACGAUGUUUUCAUGGCAGCACGGGACAAGUUUGGAGUAACGAACUCGUGGACUAAAGAAGGCACAGUUUAUGUUCUCGGCUCAGAUGGCAAAAGACAUCGGGUGUACUGCCGUAGACAACUGAUUGAAAUUGAUAGGCACACCGUGGAGACUGUUCCUGUACAAACUGCCGCAAAACCAAACACGGCGUCUGUUGCACCAAAGCUUAAGCGUGCGGCCGCCCGUAAAUGAAGAUUCAUUUUAUUCUGCAUUUUUCAUUUUAUUUCUGCUACUAUUACUUUCAUCUUCAGGUCGAAUUCAUAUUCAGGUCGAAUUCAUAUUUGUUUUUCGGGUAGUAUAAGGUUUGUACAUGAGUAUUUCUGCUGAAUAAGGCGGAUUAAGCGAAUAGUUCCAAUCUGCUUAGUUGUUGUGUUCAUACUCAGUUCAUACAUUUAUUUUGUACUCUGCAUAAUUUAACAUAUUACUUGUUUAUGUAAAUGUAAUAAAUUUAACGCUCAACGACAUCACAACAACAAACACUUUUACCACAGAUAAUACUUUGACAAGCACAGAUUAUAUUCUAAUAUAGAUAACUUCGCGUGUUGUGUCAUAGAGUAAGUAUUUCGAUAUAAAUUUUUUUUUUUUUUUUUACGUAUAAUGUUGACUCCAACAAUAAUCUUGUGUUGACGAAGUCUUUCUUCUUAAUCUUUUUCCCAAGUUUUUUUUUAUUACGGCCUGAACUAUGAAUAAUUUGUCUUUAGUAGUUUUGUUUUGUUUUUAUUUGAAUUAUUAUUUUUCUUUUCUUUUCUUUAACUUCACGAAUAAUGUAAAUAUUUUUAUUUUCAGUUUUAUUUUUAUUUAUUGUUGUAACACUCAACCAGCGGGUGGACUGAAUGUUUGUAGUUGAAUUGUAACUACAUAACUUGUAAGUACAUUGGUUUAUUAAUAUUUAUUGUUUUGCUUCUUUACGCAACGACGCAUAUUAAUAAUUUUGUUUAGAAUAUUACCUGAUCUCAUUUUAUAUUUAUUAUAAUUUAAUCUUUAAUGUCGGAAACGGAAAGCGAUAUAGCUGAAAUAUUUUUCUCAGCAAGUAGUAAUGAUGCAAGUUUUACCAGUGUUCCUUCUUUGGCUGAGACACUAAUGUCGCAGUUUUCUGAUGGUUCCCGGAACUUUAAUGUUGUUCACAUUAAUGCCCAGAGCGUACCAGCACAUUUUCCUGAUAUGCUGGCAAGUUUUAGCUGUGAGAACAUCCACGCCAUUCUUAUUUCCGAAUCAUGGCUUAAGCCUUGUCUCCCUUCAUGUUCGUAUGCUUUACCUGGCUUCCGUCUUAUUCGCAACGAUCGCAUAAGUGGUGGUGGCGGUGGUGUAGCCAUAUAUCUCCGUACACACAUUGAGUAUACAAUAAUUAGUCUGUCUGCACAGCCUCCUCCACCUAAUGCCGGUGAGCAUCUUUUUCUGGAAGUGGAGCUAAACCACCGUAAAGUUCUCUUGGGUGUCUACUACUCACCCUCGUCACAUUUAGAUUUUUUCUCAUCCUUUGAAGGCAUCCUCGAAACUUUAGUUCCUUCUUACAACCAUUGCAUAAUAAUGGGUGAUUUUAACACAUGUCUUCUUAAAAGUAAUAGUCGUUCUUCUUCUUUUCUAUCUGUUACCAAAUCUUGUAAUUUAUCUAUUCUCCCCUUAAAUGCUACACACACUUUCCCCAACUGUACCCCGUCACUUCUUGACCUAAUUUUGAUUAGCUCUCGAGAUCACGUCGCUAAACACGGACAGUGCUCAGCCGAUGCGUUUUCUUACCACGAUUUACUUUUCCUUUCUUAUAAGAUUCGCCCCCCCAAGGCCAAAUCUAGAAUCCUCUUGCAACGCAAUUUUGGUGGUAUAGACCUGGAUAACCUUCGUGAAGAUGCUAGUGGUAUUGACUGGGACCCCUUAUUUGCAUGUGACGACUGUGACGAAAAGGUUAAGCUCCUUACAACACUUUUAACAGAACUAUACGAUAAACAUGCACCGAUCCGUCCGGUAAGGCUUAAGCAUUUACCCUCGCCUUGGCUUACGGAGGAACUCAAAAUAUUAUUAUCUAAAAAAGCAGCAUCCAAGGCAAGGUUCAAGAGAAUACCUACAGUUGAGAAUCGUAAUAAUUACAUGCGGAUUCGAAAUCGCUGCAACAGGAUGUGUAGGGAUGCUCAACGCCAACAUAUUCAUACUUCUGUAGAAAAUGGAGAUCCGGUGAAGGUCUGGAAAUUUCUUAGAACUUUGGGGAUUGGAAAGACACGUCAUGUGAUACCCCCUUCUGACGUGAAUUUAAAUGCAUUAAAUUUACAUUUUUCAACUUCGUCCAAUUUUGAUGUGACAGUUAAAUCGAAUACAAUGAACUCUCUUUCAAAUCUCCCGACCCCGGAUUUUUCACCGUUUAUUUUCAAUCACUUAACGGCUUGUGGUGUUAAGAAGAGCAUCUUAUCUAUUACUUCUAAUGCAGUCGGUGCUGACAAUUUGAGCCGAAAUAUGAUCCUACCAAUCCUUGAUGAAAUCCUUCCUGUAAUUACGCAUAUCAUGAAUUACUCUUUGAGUAAUGGUACCUUUCCCUUUGCCUGGAAGGACGCGCAAAUUACACCUCUGCCUAAAAAGCCUAAUCCCAAAUCAUUUUCCGAGUAUCGUCCUAUAUCCAUCUUAUCUUUCCUAUCCAAGGUUUUAGAACGGCUUAUUCAUGCACAGCUGAGUGAAUUCCUUUAUGAAAAUAAUCUCUUAAAUCCCUUCCAAUCUGGUUUCCGUCCUGGUCACAGUACUACGACUGCAUUGGUAAAUAUCACGGAUGAUAUUAGGCUCGGCAUGGAGAGGGGAAUGUUGACGGUGCUUGCAUUGCUUGACUUUAGUAAUGCUUUCAACACCGUUGAUAUUGACAUUCUCCUUGCUACACUUAGCUCUCUUAACACAUCUCCAUCCGUAGUUGAUUGGUUUCGUAGUUACCUGUCUGGUCGCCGGCAGCGUGUUCGCAUCGAAGAUAAUUUUUCUUCGUGGUGUGACACAUUCGUGGGUGUUCCGCAGGGUGGCGUUUUAUCUCCAUUGCUCUUCGCGAUAUAUAUUAAUUCUGUCUCCAACCAUCUCAUUUCCUCCUACCACUUGUAUGCAGACGAUCUCCAGCUUUAUACGCAAGCCCCGGUGGAAGAAUUGCCUCUUGCUUGCACCAAAGUAAAUAAUGACUUACUUAGUAUAACAAAUUGGAGUAAAUCUUAUGGGCUGCAAAUAAAUCCGACAAAAACUCAGGUCAUUAUUGUCGGUGCACCUAGAAGGCUUGCGACAGUUGAUUGGACGCGAAUUCCCCCAAUUUCAAUUGAUGGAGUUCAAAUACCAGUUAGUGAUAAGGUGAGAAACUUGGGUAUCUUUGUAGAUAGGCAUAUGUCAUGGGAUGCACAAAUUAAAGAAACUUGUCGAAAGAUUUAUGCGGCUGCAGGAUCCUUAAGACGUCUGCGAAAUUUUCUCCCUACUGCCACCAAGACUGCGCUUGCACAAUCUCUUCUUCUCCCCAUCCUUGAUUAUGCUGAUGUUAGCUAUCUCGAUCUCACUGAAGCACAAUUAAAUAAACUAGAGCGUCUUCAAAAUUUCUGUUUAAGAUUUAUAUUUGGCUUACGAAAAUAUGAUCACGUCUCAGAAUUUCGCGCUAAGCUCAAGUGGCUGCCAAUUCGCCUUCGUCGGAAUGCUCAUAUUCUUUCUUUGCUCUAUACUGUUCUAUUUAAUCCUUCUUCUCCUUCUUAUCUCAAAAGACGCUUUGAGUUUAUCCGUGAUACACAUACCAUAUCCCUGAGAUCAACGGACAACAUGCAAUUAAUGAUGCCAGUGCAUUCGACAAGGUUCUACGAUCAUUCCUUUACUGUUCAAGCUAUUCGUUUGUGGAAUGCUCUCCCGGUACGUAUACGACAUGCUGAAACAUUAAAGUCGUUCAAACGCCUCAUUAAGGAACAUUUUUUAAAUACUAGUCAACCGAUUUAAUGUGUGAUAGGGUAAAUUUCUGAAAUUGGUAUCUACUUAAAUUGUAUAUGUUUCAAAGGUAUUUUAAGUAUCUUUUAUAUGUAAAUUGCUUAUUCUUAUUUAUGUGUAAAGAAGCAAAAUUUAAACUUAAUUUAUUUAUUUUUUAUUUCUAAUAAUUAUUAUUAUAUUAUAAUACUUUGUAUUAAUUUUAUGUAUAUUUACAGAGAUAUGUAUGUGUAUAUGUAUGUGUACAUAUAUGUAUAUGUAUUUCACUGGAAUGGUACACCGCGCGUAGUUCGUUUCCAAAUGAUUCUUGUCCACCUGAUGGUUGUCUGGAAGAGAUCGCUUUUAGCGAUAAGACCGCCAAUUGUACUUUUUGUUUUUAAUGUAUCGCACUGUUCAUUUGUUUUUUUUGGUGUACAAUAAAGAAUACUCUCUCUCU